AUGGAGGAGGGGAUGGAGGAGGUGAUGGAGGAGGUGAUGGAGGAGGGGAUGGAGGAGGAGAUGGAGGAGGUGAUGGAGGAGGUGAUGGAGGAGGUGAUGGAGGAGGGGAUGGAGGAGGAGAUGGAGGAGGUGAUGGAGGAGGUGAUGGAGGAGGUGAUGGAGGAGGUGAUGGAGGAGGUGAUGGAGGAGGUGAUGGAGGAGGGGAUGGAGGAGGAGAUGGAGGAGGUGAUGGAGGAGGGGAUGGAGGAGGUGAUGGAGGAGGUGAUGGAGGAGGUGAUGGAGGAGGGGAUGGAGGAGGUGAUGGAGGAGGUGACGAGGAGGUGA